UUGAAGUUGAUAUCUCCACGUUGAAUAAGUCCGUAGUAAACACGUGUGAGUGAACAAAAUUAGAAGAGGAAAAACAAGGCAAUUUUGGAGAUGCAGAGAGUCGCCAAGCCAAAAACCCAGCGUGGGAAAAGAUUCCUGCAGGACAGGGAAUCCAAGAUCUAUGAGAACACAAAGCGAGCAAUGUUUGUGAAGGGUGGUAACACCAGUCAAACUGUUACACAGUUACUGAAAGAAUUGUACACCCUGAAAAAGAUAGAUGCUGUAAUGUACAAGAGGAAGAAUAUCCUUAGGCCAUUUGAAGAUGAGACUCCUUUGGAAUUUUUCUCCCAGAAAUGUGAUGCAUCAUUGUUUAUGUUUGGUAGUCAUUCAAAGAAGAGGCCCAACAACAUUGUUAUAGGUCGGAUGUUUGAUUACCAUGUUUUGGAUAUGAUAGAACUCGGAAUAGACAGUUUUAAAUCAAUGUUUGAUAUUGAGGGUCCAAAAUGUCCAAUAGGUACUAAACCAUGUAUUAUGUUUGCUGGGGAACAGUUUGACACAGAUCCCGACUACUCUAGAUUGAAAAAUCUCUUUGCAGAUUUUUUCAGAGGUUCUGUAAUAAAGCAGAUUAGACUGCAGGGAAUAGAACAUGUUAUAAUGAUAUCAGCUGUAGAUGGGAAAAUAUACAUCAGAAAUUACAGAAUUUUAUUAAAGAAGUCUGGAAGCAAAGUUCCCCGUAUUGAAUUAGAAGAUAUGGGACCAUCUGUCGACUUUACAGUGCGGAGAACAAAGAUAGCAUCAGAUGAUUUGUACAAGAGAAGCUUGAAGAAACCAAAAACAGCCACUAUAAAGAAGAGAAAGAAUAUAUCCCAGGAUGCAUUUGGUUCGCAGCUUGGUAGAAUACACAUGCAGAAACAAGAUUUGUCCAACUUACAGACAAGAAAGAUGAAAGGAUUGAAAAGACAAAGAAAAGACAAUAAAGGACAGGGAACCAGUCCCAAAAAGUCAAAACAAUCAGUAGAGGAAGCAGACACUUGAAGAUAUUUUUUCUGAGAAAAUUUAAAACUUUUUUUUUCUAAAGCAUGUCUUUCUGUGACAUUUUUCGAAUGGUCGUGCCAAAGUAUUGUACAAGUCAACAUCUCAUGUUUCAAUUUGUAGUACAGCCACAUGAUCCUAAGUCGAGAUUAUUUGGGUUUUUAAAAUAUUUCAAACUGGCUUCAUUGUAUGUAUUAUUCUGAAAAUAAUUUAAGACCCAAUAUUUAAACAAGUAUUCAGUUUUUCAUACGCUCACAAAAAGAAAUUUCAACAUGUUUACAGUUGUUGAGUUCAUGUUACUUCUUAUACCAGUGGUGUUUGCUAAAUGUUAUAAAACUCUGAUGUGUUAGUAAUUUCAAAUUUUAAAAAGUUCUGAAUCUGUCACCAUUUUAUUUUGUGACUGCAGCUUGCUAGUAAGAACAAAACUGCCAGUCUCAGUGAAGCAAAUACUCUCUUAGUUGAUUUGUCUGGAAAAUACACAUCUUAGGCAGUUGUUUUCUUUGUUGUUUGACAGCAGAAUAUGUAACUUACGCAGUUGUUUUUGUUGAUUUGACACAAGAGUAUAUACACACCUGGCAGUUGUUUCUUUGUUGAUUUUGGUCGUUAACUUGACUGGAGAAUAUACAUCGAAGACAGUUGAAUUUGUUGUAGAUUUGAUGAGAAUAUGCAUCUGAGGUAGUUGUUUCUCAUUGCCAAUUAGGCAGCAGAAUAAACAUCUCCAGAAGUUUAUUUAUUGAACUUCGACAGAAUGCUUAGGCAGUUGUUUCUCUUCGUCAGUUUGACUGGUGAAUAUACAUCUAACUUAAAAAAGAAACAGUGGUUUCUCGUUGUUAAGGCAGUUGUGUCUGUUUUGCAGUUUGGAAGGAAAAAGCAGAUCUAAGACAGUGGUUUCUCAUUGUCAGUUGUCAGAAGAAUAUACAACUAAGGCAGCUGUUUCUCUUUUUCAAAUUGGCAGGAAAAAGCACAUCUGAGACAGUUGUUUAUCAUUAUUAUUUGUCAGUUUUUCAGGAAACUGUCCAUCCAAUACAGUUGUUUCGGCAAAUGUACAUCUAAGGCAGUUGUUUUCCACCUUAAUGUUGUGAAACGAUAUAUGUAAGUUACAUACAGGGAACAAGCAAUGUAACCCAGGAAUGCUGGGAAGGUAUUGUAACUAGGUAUGUAGACUAGAGGUUCAUGUACCAAACAUGUUUAAGUAUUUUUAAGUUAAAAUAAACUGAAAGAUGUUUUUAAAAGUAUUUAUUGCACAUGAAACUGUACAUAUUGAUUCAUUAUAAAAGAAAUCACUAACUAAAAUGAAAUAAAAAUGAAAACUUUAACAA